UCACAUUGAUUGUUUUUUUCCUGCAUCAUUUGCAACACACAGAGUCACGAGAAGUUUUCUCCCUCGCCUCGAAUGUAAUUUCGAGAAAAAGACGGACUUUUUGGUGCAAAUAUCAGCAAUACACUCCUUCGUCUACGCACAAUGGAUAACGUCAACCGGCGGUGGCACCACAAAUCGACGGAACAGGCGACUUUCUAGCCGCUAAAACCGUGUGCCGUGUUGGUCCGAUUGGUGGCUGGGCAGAUAGCUUUCGAUAGGACCGUCCCAUGCCAUGAAGGACACUGGAGAACGGGGAAGGCGUUGCAGUGCAAUACGAAGGAUUAUUGGCUCCGGUAGUAGUGGUCGACUAAAGCAACGGUGAACCACAAACGCACAACGAACCAAGGAAGGAAAGCUGCUAACACAACCAGUUGACCUGUGCUGACCCUAGGCACGGCCACACUGCCAUACAUCAUCAAGGUCACAGCCACAUCCGGCAGCAGGUUGCUUUUAGGUUCGUGAUGAAGUACAUGCAACAUAUUUCGCCAACUGUUCAGCAGCUUCUGGUCUGACGUCACUCUCGCCAAAAGGAAUUUACAUCAUAUAUAUCAGUGCAAACAUCAGCACGCACAAAAACACAUACACAGUGGCUGCCAAACCGGCGAUUAUCAGCAAGAUAAGUCACUGAAGGCACCGUCGUGCCAUCAGCUGUUGAUAGCGUGCGCAUUUGGUUAUUUAACAACCAAAGGUAAAGAAGGUAGUUCCGCAUAGAAAAAAAAAAACAAACACACUGUUACCCGCUAGUGAAAAAGAUGGCAGACCCUGCAACGAACGGCAAGUUUCUGCGCACCAUCGAGUGGGACAUGAUGGACAAGCGUAAAUUUUUCCCACUCUCGAUGCUGAGCUCGUUUUCAGUGCGCUGUGCGCUGUAUCCGCUGACCGUGAUCAAAACGCAGCUCCAGGUACAGUUCCGGAACGACAUCUACAAGGGCAUGAUCGAUGCCGGCGUUAAAAUCUACCGCGCCGAGGGCGUGCCCGGCCUGUACCGGGGAUUCUGGAUCUCCUCGGUGCAAAUCGUGAGCGGAGUGUUUUACAUCAGUACGUACGAAGGGGUCCGGCACGUGCUCGGUCAGUACGGGGCAAACCAGCGGGUAAAAUCGCUUGCCGCGGGCGGGUGCGCUUCCCUCGUCGGCCAAACCAUCAUCGUACCGUUCGAUGUGAUUUCGCAGCACGCGAUGGUGCUCGGGAUGGGUGCGCACGGUGGCAAACAUGGGGCAGUGAACCCGCUCGGUAUCAACUUCGACAAAGGCAGCAGCCGAUUACGCAUUACGCACGACAUUGCGCGUGAAAUUUUGCGCCGUGACGGUGUGCGUGGUUUCUACCGGGGGUACACCGCCAGCCUGAUGGCGUACGUACCGAAUUCGGCCAUGUGGUGGGCGUUCUAUCAUCUGUACCAGGACGAGCUGUUAAAGAUCGUACCGCCGUGGGUGUCGCACCUGUUCGUGCAGUGUGUGGCCGGUAGCUUUGGUGGGUUCACCACCACGAUCAUAACGAAUCCGCUAGAUAUUGUACGGGCCCGGUUGCAGGUGCAGCGGCUCGAUUCGAUGAGUGUCGCGUUCCGGGAGCUGUGGCACGAGGAACACUUUCACAUGUUCUUUAAGGGGCUGACGGCGCGGUUAGUGCAAUCGGCCGCCUUCUCCUUCAGCAUCAUUCUCGGGUACGAAACGAUCAAACGCGUGUCGGUGAACGAGCAGUACCGUCACAUGAUCAAAUGGUAACGGUCGACGGUCAUGCUUUGAGGUGAAAUGUUUCUUUUUGUGUACAGGCAAGCAGGUGCGAUCGUUGGUAGCGUGUAUCAUCGUCGUCAUAAUGUUCAUUCGUUUUGUAGAUUCGUUUACACCAGCGUGUAUAUCUCAUCAUGGAAUGUAGAA